CACCGACCCUCCGCGCCGCCGCGCGCAGCGAUCCCGGCAUGGCGCUCGCCAUGACUCCCUGGAGGGACCCCGUGGACCCGGCCGACCUGGUCAUCGGCCUGCCGCCGCCCAUGCCGCCGGGCACGCCGCAGUCGUCGUCGUCGUCCGACAAAAACGGACAGCACGCCAACAUCGAGUGCGUCGUGUGCGGCGACAAGAGCUCCGGCAAGCACUACGGACAGUUCACCUGCGAGGGCUGCAAGUCCUUCUUCAAGCGAAGCGUGCGACGGAACCUGACGUACACGUGCCGCGGGAACCGAAACUGCCCCAUCGAUCAGCAUCACCGGAACCAGUGCCAAUACUGCCGACUCAAAAAGUGUCUCAAGAUGGGGAUGCGGAGAGAGGCUGUCCAGCGGGGACGAGUGCCUCCGACGCAGCACGGCGGCCUGCCCGGUCAGAUGUCGCUGACCAACGGCGACGCAGCGGCGGCGGCGCUCAACGGCCACUCGUACCUGUCCAGCUUCAUCUCGUUGCUGCUCCGGGCCGAACCGUACCCUCCGAGCCGCUACGCCCAGUGCAUGCAACCCAACAACAUCAUGGGCAUCGACAACAUCUGCGAGCUGGCCGCCAGGCUACUCUUCAGUGCUGUCGAGUGGGCACGAAACAUCCCCUUCUUCCCGGAUCUUCAGGUGACUGAUCAGGUGGCCCUGCUACGGCUGGUGUGGAGCGAACUGUUCGUGCUGAACGCGUCCCAGUGCUCGAUGCCGCUGCACGUGGCGCCGCUCCUGGCGGCGGCCGGACUGCACGCGUCGCCGAUGGCUGCGGACCGCGUGGUCGCCUUCAUGGACCACAUCCGCAUCUUCCAGGAACAGGUGGAGAAGCUCAAGGCGCUCCACGUCGACGCCGCCGAGUACAGCUGCCUCAAGGCCAUCGUGCUCUUCACCACCGACGCCUGUGGCCUCUCGGACGUGGCGCACAUCGAGAGCCUCCAGGAGAAAUCCCAGUGCGCGCUGGAAGAGUAUUGCCGGACCCAGUACCCGAACCAGCCGACGCGGUUCGGCAAGCUCCUGCUGCGGCUUCCCAGCCUCCGCACGGUCAGCUCGCAGGUCAUCGAGCAGCUCUUCUUCGUCCGCCUGGUGGGGAAAACGCCCAUCGAGACUCUCAUCCGGGACAUGCUGCUGUCCGGGAGCUCCUUCAACUGGCCCUACAUGCCGCUCCAGUGACCUCCGUCGGGGGUCCACGCCACGCUGGACCCCUGGGCAUCCUCUCUUCUGCCCACCGCGGCGCCGCUCUGGCAGCCCCUUGGCACCGGACCGACGGCCACCAGCCCCCUGGCGGCCGAGACGGCCGCCGACGUUCUGGCCGCCCAGCAGGACCCAUUCCGGAGGAACGGGAAGCAGCUGUGACUCGUAUUCGGAUGAAGGGAACACGAGGGGGCCAAGCUCGUCUGGCUGAAGCGUUCGACGGGAGAGGUUCUGGAAGGCUCGGGUGCGAGGACGGCCACCACCGCCGACUUGUCCAACCCGGUUCUUGGGAAGAUGCUGACGGGAUUCGAGAAGGUGCUGCUGCCACCGCCGUUUGUGAAGACAUCCACGUGCGAACGCAUUCCUCGAGACAGGGACACGCGGAAUGCUGCGAGGUCUUUGAGAAAGAGCUGGCGCUGCUGACUCUUCCGCAAGAGAUGAAUCUUUGCUGAGAUCGGUCAAUGCGCAACGAUAAGCGGCUGGCUCGAAUCAAGUCUCCGACGACUGAAGCAAGCUCGACCUUAACAACGGAGUUUGCUUCUGUCCAUCUAGCCUCACCCACGCGGGACUGAUGACGGUCCUACGCCUGAGUGCAUUUGUCAUCAGUGGCUACUAACGUUCCAGCUGAGUGACCUUGACAUCAAGAACGCACGUAAACGGACGGCAAGCUCUUCUGGAGAGAAAUUACGUUCGAGAGACCUUCCAGACCUCCCCGUUUCCACCGGUGAUAUCAGCGCAGACCUUAAGAACCGCUAGAAUUGGUCCAGGAGCCAAUCCUAGCCACCAGCAGCGAACGUCACCGAAGGGCGAUGCGACCGCGCGCCCUACAAAGGAAGAAAGCGGCGUGCAAAGACGGCUUCGACACGACAGAACGCUGCGGGCAAAGUCUACACAAGCCACAGUGAACAGAAUGUGUGCCAGUGCGUGGACCUAUUUUGUAAAUAUGCUAGAGACUGACAAAGGAACUGCCCCAGGCAGAGUGGAAUAUUCUCAAGAACUUUCAGUGUACAGAAUCCGCAUAACCAUAUUCUUCCCCCCACAGUACUCUAUCUACGAUACUUCGCUUGUUCUCUCAUCAAACACGUGACUCACUCCAGGACCAUCGCUUUUGCCAUUGCGCCGCUCAAAACAAACGGCGCCCAGAACACACUCCUAGAGCGCUAUUACUGAAACAAACAUUUCCCUUAGAGUUUAUCCAGCUGUUAAUGUGGACACCGAAUAUUCCAUAGGAAAUGGCGCGAACGUAUGGAGGGACUGUAAACAAUGUGGGUGCCAAAUUAGCUUGACACACUGUUCAAUUGCCAAAUUUCAAGUAGAGUGUCCAACCCUCGUCACAUUGACCGCACAUAACGUCACUCGGUAAAUGCAUUCCAUACCCCUUCUCACUGACGGUAAUCCCUGCACACGUCACUUACCGACAAUGACAUCAGGUCAUCCUCACUUGGAACCGUUUGCCGAGUUUACAAAACAGUCCCUACCCUGGAAUCGGAAAGUUCCCAGAGAAUACUUCUUGUAGAUCUAGAUCAACGCCGGACUGACGUUCCUCGACGAACGCUUCGCACUCAGCAAACCAAGCAUUUGCGUCUCUCGGUGAUUCCAAAGAGUAGCGCGUCGAAAUUUUUUUUUAAUUUAAGCGCCUGGUUACGUGCAUGAGCCUCUAUAAAGGAAACGCAUUGAGUUAGUCCGCGUUCGCUUAGGAAAAAGUCGUCAUAAAAAUCUCUCCCUCAAAGUUAGGGACAUUGAACGGUCGUCUUGAUACUGGUCGAUACGACGAUGCAAUCAAAAUGUUCGCGCGAUCGAUCUCGGGGAUAUCAACCGCGCCGCUAGGCCUCGCUUGCACGUCACAUGGAUUCAUUCGAGUUCUUUCAACGUGCACAGGGUCGUUAGGAUUUUAAAAUUCAUAAUCGCCGCUGACAUCAAGCACCGCGAAAAGCGGACAGGGAGGCGUUGCGUUGCCAAAUCACACCUCCAUCAUCACAUUGCACACACACCUGAAAAAAACAUAGUGCUGGCAAAGAGCAUGACUAAACCUCUUGGCCGUAUGCCGGUGGUGGCUCCCGACCAUCGGGUAAGAGCUAAGUUAAAGCAACGUCCGUCAACUUAAGAAGGACUCGUUUGUCGCAUCGGGGCUCCCGCCGCCCUAUCAACACAUAAAAUGCUUUUAAACGUUUCGGUAAUAGUCGCAAAUUCCAGGCUAAUAUAGUUUCUAUUGCGCUCAGAGCUCAGCAUCUACAAAAAUAUGGUAACAUUGCGUUCAUUGUAGGUUGAAGCUUCCUGAUUGUCGCCGACAGAGAUUCUUGGUUAAUAGACAAAAUGCCGCAUGCAGCUUCAGUACAUUGGUCAUUUGUAGGGCUUCCUCUGUAGUCACCGACGCGAAAGAACAGAACGGUAUUAAAUGCCCGGCCUUCAGCACGUGCUCUUUGCCUUCCAUUGUACUCUGGCUACGCGUCACGAGAUGCCGAAGCAUGAUCGAAGGCAGAAAGCUCGCGCCAGCAGCUGUGUAAUUGAAGGACCUCUCUUUCGUUCUCGGAUUGUUAGUGUCUGUAAUAUUCUUACUGCCGCGACAAAACCUUAAAAGCACCCUAGAGCAUUAGAGCAUUGUAAUAGACGUUGAAAAACGAUCCAAUCGUGAGCCACCACCGACAGACGAGGACCCAGAUUCUCAACGCCCAAAAGAACAAAAACAAGAAAUCUCAUAAUUUCGGGGCGCUGUAAAAAGCAUCCCGACAGAGGGUGAAUUCGUAUGUGUGUACAAGUACGUGAAUGUGUGAGUGUCGUGCACGUUGUGGUGUCACAAGUGUCGGUUUCCUCCCCGUUUUAAUUCAUGUUUACAUUUGUGUUUGCCGGGGGCCACAGUUCGUCCCUGUUUGGGAAACAAACAAACAAAAAAAUUACGUCACUACACAUGCGCGCGCGGCGUUUCCGCGCUUUCUGACCCGCAAUUUGUAAUUAUUUCUUAAAUUUCGCGUUUUAUACACAUUAGAUAAACAGUUGGCCAACUAUGUACGCGGACGUUUGUAAAACAAUACGUUGUAUGGCGUCCCUGCCACGAAAAUGCAAACAAAAAAUUAUAAAUAUAUUGUUUGAAUGUGGCUGGGUGGGGUUUGGGGGUGGAAACACCGACGCUGGAGUCAGUCCACAGACUUAAGUUUGAGACAGUGUUUGCACAAUUGAAACUGGCCACGCAUUUUGCCAAACGCUGCAUGGAACGUCCACAUGGGUAGACGACAACGCAAAAUUGCAAUAUGUUAUCAGCGUCAGCGGCGUUGGAGUCCGAAGAAGCUUCAGGUAGCAAAAGUGCAGUAUGAACAAUAUCAAAUCUGUCUCAAAUUUAUCUUCCGCUAACGCCGCUAGGGGAAUAUGUGAUGCUGCUGACUCUCCGUCCUCUAUCUGUAUAAGGAUUUGAGAACGGCUCAGCAAAGUCGCAAAGUAUCACAUUGGAUUUGUUUUUCGACUGGAGCAAUCUUUAUUAGCACCGCUUGUUUCAAAACACAUAGUUCUGUCUCUAAUUGAUUAUGCUCAGGUGUAGGACAGACUACCAACAAAUGUCUGCAAAAAAUGUCAGGCAAAACAAAAUAUUUACGUUGAAGCAGCAUAGAGGUUACGAAAAAAUGUUUCUGCAAGAAGGGCUUUUGCAUAUCCUCUUGUGAACUGUCAAAGUAUCACCGUUCGCAGAUGAAAUGUUUUUGUUCGGGAGAUAGUUGGCCAACUGUUCGUCAAAUGGGGUGACAUGCUUUACCCGUCAUACUUUCGCGUCGCCGGAAGGUGAACAAAAAUCAGUUAAAAGUUGCACCCCCACAUGUUCCUUGUUACUACAAAAAGAAGACAACAAAAUAGUGAAAUCACACCUAUUUGCAUGCAGACCUCUUCACCGAAGUCAGUGAUUAAAGGCAAAACACAGGGUUGUUAUCGCGAAGCAUUCUAUCCUGCACACCUCGCUUACCGAUCCAGGAUAAUAACCAAAACAGAGGGUGGACAAGAUGAAGUUCGUGGCUUCUUUUUAUUGAAAUUUUAGAAUGAAAUUUCUCGUGCAGACGACUGUAGCCAAAUUGGCCUGUUUGCCGUUUAUUCAAUGGAGUAACGGUACCGAAAGAAGAACGUUUCAAAUCUUGUUGAGGCCUUAAUCGGAAAUAUCUCCCUGUAUCUACUUUCGCGUAGAGCAGUCAAAGAGCCAAUCAGAGUAUUUGGAACUCGGCAAAUGGAUGAAGCAGAAAAGAGCAUUAAUGGAUCUUAGAUCCUGCACGAAGCAUUCGGCAGGCUCUAUUUGCAGAUCGCUCUGACUGGCUCCCUGAAAUCUUAACAGGAAAGGAUACGCCCGGGUAUUUUUGUCUAGACAGUAGCAGAUAAAAACAAUUGAUGCUUCAAUAAAAUGAAAGUGUCUCACUCGCAUCGGCGCGUAUUAAAUUAUCGUAAUUUAUAGCCGUUUGAUUGGCUAAUCACAUUCCACACAUAAGAAGCGAGUCUUUUUUUAUUUCUUCCCGUUUUUGGUUUGUCCUUUUUGCUCAAAACAGACAUCCUAUCCGACCAACCCAUCAGGUUUCUGCGAUAAAAGAGUGAUGCUGAUGACAAUAAAGUGCAAUUCUUCCUCGAAA